AUGCUCCGCCCCGCCACGUGUGCAGCGCCGAAUCAAGCCAAUCCACUCGAGAAGCUGCCAGAUGAGAUACUGCAAAAGAUCCUCAACUUCGCCAUGCUCCGUCCUAGCCCGUUCUAUAUCGACUGGGAUCGCGACUCUGAGAAGACACAGCAAGGCACCAUCGCCUUCUCCGGUUCUGCGGCAUGUUCGAUCGCGAUGACGAUUGAUUACCCCCACAGCAGCACCACCACGACACGUCUAAUCAGAUGUCUGCCAGACAGUCAAGCCAUCCAUUGUGCCGACUGGCUCCGCAUCAACACGACGAGCCGCCGCAUCCGCAGAUUAGGCAAGGAGGCGUAUUUCGCGAACAAGAUUGUCGCUAUAAAUACGAGGCGGACCUCAUCAGACUCCAAGUUCUUCGGAAAAGAGGACAACCUACUGUUGCGGCAGCGUGUCCGUCACGUUAUCUUCGCGAACCUCAACUUUCAGUCACCCGCCGAACUGAUGAGUAUGCCGAGACGCGUCGCAGUUUUUGAGCGACUCCAACAUUUCACGCUCUUCUACGGCUUCCGUUUAGGGGACCAGCUAGAGUGUCUGACAGCGCCGAUGUCGCACCGGGUCGGGCAAGAAGGAGCACAGUCCGGCGUGACUGAGGUUCCACCGACCUUGAAGGACCUCCUCAGACGAAUUGGAGUGCCAUCGGAGCUGAGUAUGGAUAUCAUGGUUGCAUGUGGUACAACAUGGGAGUUUUAUAGAAGCAGUCUCGCCCAACACGCUUACCCAAUGCUGAGAUUCAAAGCCGAAGCAUUAGAGCAAGCCACGGCAUCCCCUUAA